AAGGAGCAGGGCAUCGGCAGCCGCUAUCUAUCGUCGGGCCGACAAAAUGCGAGAGCCUCACGGAGCCCUGGCUUCUCCAUAAUGUAAAGCUCUCUAUUAGCCAUAGUCGGGAGCUAUGAUUGCUCAAUAGCGUCUAAUUAUAGGUCCUCGACACGUACGUAGGGUAAUAUUCCAGCACAUCUAAUUCCUUUCCCCCCUAGCACGGUUAAGCACCGUUACUCCGUAGACUAUCACACUGCACUUCUCUUUAUUCCAAGUCGUAGACCUCCUACGUGUAACGCGGAUUGUCUUGAUAUGUAUACCUAGUCCUUGUAUACCGCCCGCCUAAGAAAAGAUUUCUGGGCGUCUGUUUCGCUCUUUCGACUUGUCUGACACCUUUCCUCCUCCCCAUCUAGAGGUGUCCACGAUGGGUGCAUCUCCGGAUAGAACUAGUGCCGAUGCUGACACGACUAGCGCCAGGACGUCUCUUCCGCCCGCGUCGCUGUCGGGGUCACUGAAUGAAAAGGCGGAUCUGAAAGAGGCUGUUAUUGUUGCGAACGAUGAUGCUGGUGAUACGCCAAAGGCAGUGUAUGCGGAGGGAUGGAAGCUCUGGAUCGUCUAUGUCGCAACGCUGUUAACUAUGUUUCUUGUACCGCUUGACAUGACCAUAGUAGCAACCGCCAUCCCCAAGAUCACAGAAGAAUUUCAGAGUCUGGACCAGGUUGGCUGGUAUGGCUCGGCGUUCUUCCUGACGUUAGCAGCCUUCCAGGCGCCAUGGGGAACAAUCUACAAAUACUUCCCGCUCAAAAUUGCCUACGCCGUCUCCGUUUUCAUAUUUGAAUUCGGAAGUCUGAUCUGUGGUGUUUCGAGGAACAGCCAGAUGCUCAUUGCAGGCCGUGUGAUCACCGGCUGUGGAGGCGCUGGUAUUACUAUCGGUACCUAUGUAAUCAUUGCUCAUCUUGUCCCGGCCGCAAAAGCUCCAGCUUUUAUCGGUGGUAUCGGUGCUGCUUUUAGCAUUGCGAGUGUAGCUGGUCCGUUGGUUGGAGGUGCCUUCACUGGUGAAGUUACGUGGCGGUGGUGUUUCUAUGUUAACCUGCCCAUCGGUGGCGCUGCAUCUGUCAUCUUCUUUGCUUUAUUCCCGAAGCCAAGUAUACCACCCCAGCUAGCGACACUCAGGGAGAAGCUUCUAGGUUUGGAUCCUUUGGGAACGAUUCUUGCGGUUACGUCCAUCAUAUGCUACUUUCUUGCCCUUGAAUGGGGUGGUGUAUCGAAGGCAUGGAACAGCGCAGACGUAAUCGGGACGCUCAUCGGCUGGAUUCUUCUUGCUAUUGCUUUUGGUGUGGUGCAAUGGUUCCUGAAAGAGCGAGCAUCAAUCGUCCCCCGAAUCCUCGCGCAACGCCACGUCUGUAGCGGCGCGGCUUUCAUGUUCUUACUGAGUUGCGCCAACUUCAUGAUGAUUUACAAUCUUCCGCUUUACUUCCAAUCUGUAAAGGGGUCUAGUCCGACUUUGAGUGGCAUUCAAGUUCUGCCACUCAUUGUUUCUGCCUCCGUGACCGUUAUUAUCAGCGGUAUUCUCUUUACAAAAUUCCCUUUCUAUCAACUUUACCUCCUCAUCGGUGCUAGCUUGACCGCGGUCGGCGCCGGACUGCUUUACACCCUCGAAGUAGACUCGUAUGCAGGGGCAUACCUGGGAUACCAGUUUGUAGUUGGUAUCGGCAAUGGAGCGUGCCAGCAGAUCCCUCUUACGGUUGUACAGGCCUUUUCUAAGCCUGGAGAUUUGGCUACGUCGAUGUCUACCCUUCUUUUUUUCCAGCUAUUAUCGGGUGCCAUGUCGGUAGCUGCGGCCCAAUCCCUUUUCAUAAACCGCUUGCUCUCCGCUGCUUCCAUCCAUGUCCCAGACGCCGAUCGCGCAACCAUCAUCGCCACCGGAGCUACUGAUCUCCAACGCGUGUUUCCUGGUGACCAAUUAAUAGGGAUACGCGAAAGCUAUUUAGAUGGGUUGCACGCCGCAUGGGCUAUGGCUAUUGCGUUUGCAGGCGCUGCUUUAUUGACCGGGUUAACGCUGGGAUUCAAGAGAAUUGAAAAGCCUCAGGGAGAGCUGACGAAAGAUGUCGAGGAGGGUCAGGGGACUGAAGUAAAGGUCGAGGGGAACAGGACGUUGGGUAAUGGUGAGAAAGCGUAAAUUGUUUAAAGAGAUAUGAAUAAUCAGGUUUAGAUCCCCUAAGGGUACACGGGUGUGUCUUCUUUGAAUUUAGACAAUCUAGAGGAUGUGUGGGAUCAGUUACAUCCUAGGCCUGUUUAUGGCGCUCUUUGGGAUGUGAACCUGUCGGUUAAGAGGUAACUUUCAUGAUCGGAGGCCGCGCAGCUUGACUUCAAGCAUGGGUUUCGGGAUCCUAGCUAUAGGAUGGUGGGUCUUUUCGGGGAUAUUCCGAAGUUUCUAUACGCUAUUCAUCCAAGAACCGAGGCCGAAUUCC